AUGUUGAGGGUACCAUUUGUCCUGGGCGCGGGUUUCAACGCCGGGGACUCCCAGGGGCACCACGAGGAGGUGACGCAAGAGGACUUAGCUAGGUCAGGCCCUCCAGGGUCUCGAAGGGCAACCGCCAAUGACUCUCCGAAGCCGGAGCUCCGAUCUCCCAAAGGCGGUGCUCAGUUUCACAAAUUCAAUAAUCUGAAGUCUAAUUUGGAGGCAACUGAAAUGUCAGGACCAGCGAUGCCCUCCGGUAGUACUUUCCAUCCACAAGCUGACAGUCUGCACGCGUCUAUGAGACCAAUCAUUAUGCUGGCACAAUGCUUUUCCAUCUUUCCUGUAUGCGGUGUUAACACUCCAGAUGCGUCGUAUCUCAGGUUUACCUGGCGUAGUCCGAAAAUUAUAUACAGUGCGAUUUCAUUCGUUGGAUUGUCAAUGAUGACAAUUUUUAAUAUUCUGAGAAUAAUUUCUACAGGAGUAAAUUCUACGAAGAUGACUACCUUUGUUUUCAACGGAACAAAUAUAAUUGCAUCCAUACUUUUUCUGAGACUGGCGAUGCAGUGGCCUGCUUUGAUGCUCACAUGGGAAAAGCUUGAAAAAGAAUUUUCCCUUAAGCACAGAAAAGUAUCGAAAACAAGCUUAUCUUCUAAAUUCAAGAUCGUCACUAUAAUAGUGAUGAUAUUUGCUUUAGUGGAGCACGGUUCGUCUGUUCUUCAUGGUUCUAUCAGAGCCCAAGAAUGCGCAUACGUUCAAGAUAAUAUAGACACCGUCGGGGUUUACUUCCAAUCACAAUUCCCACAGGUAUUUUCUAUAACGUCGUACAGCUUGUGGAAAGGAAUAUUGGUGGACAUUAUUAACAUUCUGAGCACUUUCUCGUGGAACUUCGUCGAUUUGUUUCUCAUUUUAAUCAGCAUAGCUUUGGUGGAACAAUUUCGCCAAUUAAAUAGUCGCUUGUACUCUAUAAGAGGCAAGGCGAUGCCAGAAUGGUGGUGGGCCGAGGCAAGAAAUGACUACAAUCACUUGGCGAGCUUGACGAGGCAAUUGGAUUCCCAUAUCUCAAUUAUGGUACUCCUUUCCUUUGCCACCGAUCUCUACUUCAUCUGUAUACAACUUCUCUUCUCUUUCAAUCCUAUGCGAGGCAUCAUUGAGAAACUUUACUUCGGCUUUUCUUUUGGAUUCCUGUUGGCAAGAACAACAUUGGUUUCUUUGUGUGCAGCAUCAAUUCACGACGAGUCCUUACUCCCGGCUCCAAUUUUAUACAGUGUUUCUGGAAGCAGUUUCUCCACUGAAAGAUUUGGUCAGUCCCCUGGUGCAACGCACGACGAGGAAUGUCGAUUAAGCAUUUCCUGUUUGACGAUCCUCGCGAUCACCGUUGAUCAAUUCAGCGUCGACAUUUCUCGUCAUCAUUCCACAAUACGAGAAAACGUGCAAUUAAAUGAGGUUCUGAAACUACCGAAUGUAACAGGAAUUCCGAGACGGACGUUUCUAGAACAUCCGAAUUUUAAGUCUUACGAAUAUCCUAGGCAUGUCCAAAAUGGACAUAGGAUAUUCGGGCAUAAACUGGACAUGAAACGGACGUCUGUUGCAUGUACGGAUUCACCGAGCUACGUAUAA